AUGUUUGCCGCCCGACAGGUUUCUCGCAACGCCCCGCGCUUUGCCGCCCAGGCUCGCGCUGGUGCUCAGCGCCGCUUCGCCAGCUCCGCCUCCGAGAACGAAUUCAUCAAGGAACGCCAACACAUCAAGGACCACGCCAAGGGCACAACCGAGCUCUGGAGGAAAAUUUCCGUCUACGGUGUCGCCCCUUGCAUCGUCGCCGCCGGCGCCAACGCCUACUACCUGUGGAACGAGCACUGGGAGCACUGGAGUCACAUGCCCGCUCUGGAGGAACGCACCGAGUACGCCUACCAGAACAUCCGUACCAAGAACUACCAGUGGGGUAACGGCGACAAGACUCUUUUCUGGAACGACGAUGUCAACUACCACAACAAGGAUAAGGUCGCGUAA